AUGUGCAGCAGGACCACAGCAAUCUUUCAAAGACGAUUCGGCGUCCGGAAAAUGGGAUACACGGCGGACCGGCGAAUCAAAGGUGCCCCGAUUGGCGAGAACACCAGGCCGCAGAACAAGUCGUUCGAGUUUUCAUUUGAGAACGUUGAAUUGGUGCCUCAAUUUCAAGGAAACAAUCGUGGCGAAGUUAAGGCCAAGGUGCAGCGAUUUCUGGAGAACAAACUGGGAAAGCCAGCAGAUUACGGUGAAGUCUGA